GUUCGGCCGCCGCCGCCGCCGCCCCGCGGGGACAUGGCCGAGCCGGGACCCGGCCCCAGCCGAGCCCGGGAAGAGGAGCCGAGCCCCGCCGGCAAGGAGGAGGCCGCGCCGGCCCCCAAGAAGCGGCGGCUGGCGAAAGGCGAGCGGUACGUGCCGCCACCGCGGAAGCUGAACACCGGCGUGAGCUUCAGCGCCGAGCACUUCGCCGAGACCUCGUACUACUUCGAGGGCGGCCUGCGCAAGGUGCGCCCCUACUACUUCGAUUUCCGCACGUACUGCAAGGGGCGCUGGGUGGGCCGCAGCCUACUGCACGUCUUCGGCACCGAGUUCCGAGCGCAGCCCCUCUCCUAUUACCGCGCCGCCGCCCGCGCCGGCCGCCUGCGCCUCAACGAGGAGCCCGUGCGCGACCUGGACAUCGUGCUCAAGAACAACGACUUUCUCAGGAACACGGUGCAUCGGCACGAGCCGCCGGUCACCGCGCAGCCCAUCCGCAUCCUGGCCGAGGAUGAGGAGGUGGUGGUGGUGGACAAGCCCUCGUCCCUGCCCGUCCACCCGUGCGGCAGGUUCCGCCACAACACGGUCAUCUUCAUCCUGGGCAAGGAGCACGGCCUGCGGGAGCUGCACACGCUGCACCGCCUGGACCGCAUGACCUCGGGCGUGCUCAUGUUCGCCAAAACCGCGGCCGUGUCCAAGCGCAUCGACGAGCAGGUCCGGCAGAGGCAGCUGGAGAAGGAAUACAUCUGCCGGGUGGUGGGGGAGUUCCCGGAGCACGAGGUGGUCUGUGAAGAGCCCAUCCUGGUGGUUUCCUACAAGGUGGGCGUGUGCCGCGUGGAUCCCAAGGGGAAGCCCUGCCAAACCCUCUUCCAGAGGCUCAGCUACAACGGCAGCAGCAGCGUGGUGAGGUGCCUGCCCCGCACGGGCCGCACGCACCAGAUCCGCGUCCACCUCCAGUUCCUGGGACACCCCAUCGUCAACGAUCCCAUCUACAACAUGGAGGCGUGGGGCCCCGACAGGGGCAAGGGCGGCAAGAUCGGGAAAACGGAUGAGGAACUCCUGAAGGCCUUGGUGGAGGAGCAUCGUUCCAAACAGAGCCUGGAGGUUUUGGGUAUUGGGGAGGAGGACUUGAACUGCAGCGGUGAAAGUAAAGACUCUGGGAAUUCGGGUGACUGCACAAAGUCUGCAGAGGCUGAUCCUGUAAAUGGGAAUUCCUGCCCUGCUGAGGACAAGAAGGAUCCGGAGAGGGACGACGUAGCAGCUUGUCCACUGAACUCUGAUAUCAACCUGGAAACGCUUGAUAAGGACAAAGAGCUCAGUCUGUGUGAGAAUCAGGAUGGGCAAACGGGGGAGAAGGGUUGGGAAGAGAAGGACCCUUUGUGUGUGGAGUGCAGGACGAGCAGGCGGGACCCGUCUCCCAAGGAGCUGGUGAUGUUCCUGCACGCCCUGCGCUACAAGGGCACGGACUUUGAGUACUGCUCCAGCAUGCCUGAGUGGGCCAUGGAGGACUGGGAGGAAUGACCAGGACACCCAGCACGUGUGGGCACUGCUGGCCAGGACAGCGGCGUGCCAAGACCAAAGAUUGACUUUUCCUUGGGAUGGGGUGAAUAAAGUGUGCCUUGAGCUGGGGUGGGAGGGAUCAGUGGGGCUGGAGAACUAUCCUGCUUCCCACAGGUGCUGGGAAAAAUGGAAACGAGGCUAAAACAGCUUUGCCUUCACCUCAAUGGAUUCUGGAUCAGUUGUCCAGAUGGAUGAUUAAGUGCAUGCACUAAAAGUUGAAAACUGAUUUUUCUUCCAGCUUGCUGUGUCUUACAGUAAGAGCUGCUGGAUGUCAUGUCAUAAAAAAACCCUGGUUUUACUGUAUUUUAUUGUCAGAUUGAUUUCAAAAUUACAAGAUUACUCCUGAGAACACUAUGAGGUAAAACCAGAACACUGUGAUCCGUUUUGUGCCUGCUGUUUGUCAGCGAGACCCACUUGCCUUUGAAAUUACCAAUAUUCAUUCAAAUAAUUACUUAAUUAGGUAGUUCUGGGUACAGGUAUUGGGCCUGGUUUUGGAGGUACUGUUCCCCAGAUUUUGUCUUGAAGAGAUCUUUUAAUAUCACUUCAGUAUGACAACCAGCUUUCAAGAAAAACAAAAGCAGUUUUAUGAAGCAGAAGACUUUUUAAAAAAUAAUUUUAUGUGAAUGAUAAAUAUCACCGUAGUUCUUAUUUUCAUCACUGCUUACACAGUUGAUUCUUAGCUUCUGGGAGAGUUUUUAUAUUAAUUUUGGAGAUCUCAGGUUGGCCAGCCCACAGGAAUUAGUACCUUCCUCUUAAAAAUCACUUGAUGAUGUCACCAGGGUCAGGAUGUGGCUACCAAAUCACAAUAAACCAUUGCUUGCUUCCAGUAGCCCAAAAGAGCCAAGUGAUGUCUUCCUCUGCUGGAUAAUCCAGGUAAUGUUGAAUAUUUCCAUAAAAAUUAACUCAGGUUUGAGCUUUACUCUUCCACAUGCUGUCAA